AUGUUUCCAACGUUACGAGUUUCAUUUACGGGAAUCCGACCUGAACAAAGGUAUGCUGUGUUAAUGGACAUUGUGCCUGUAGACAACAAAAGGUACCGUUACGCUUAUCAUCGUUCUUCAUGGUUAGUUGCUGGAAAAGCUGAUCCUCCGGCACCCUGCAGACUUUACAUGCAUCCAGAUUCUCCUUUCACCGGUGAUCAACUUCGUAAACAAGUAGUUUCAUUUGAAAAAGUCAAAUUAACCAACAAUGAAAUGGAUAAAAACGGACAGAUAGUUUUAAAUUCUAUGCAUCGAUAUCAACCGAGAAUUCAUUUAGUUAAAUGGAGAGAACAUGGCGGUUCCAUAUUGGAUUUAGAUUCCGAAGAAUAUAGAACAUACAUUUUUCCAGAAUCAGUAUUUACUGCUGUAACAGCUUACCAAAAUCAGCUCAUAACCAAAUUAAAAAUCGAUAGUAACCCAUUUGCCAAAGGAUUUAGAGAUUCAUCUCGUCUUACAGAUUUUGACAGAGAUCCGAUGGACAUGAUGUUCAUGAACGAUCAUUUCAUGAGAUCCCCACUACGAUUAUAUUCUGAUGUCGAUGCCGAAAAUAACAACACGAGUCUUUUUUCUGCGGCCAUGAUGGAAAAAGCAAGAGCCCACCUUCAAAUGUGGGGUAGAGGAUCGGCGACGGGAACGAGCGGAUAUUCUUCGGCUGAUUUUCACGCUCUCCUCAUGAAUUCGGCACCCAAUAGCGGUAUGCAAAUGUAUGUACAAAAUCGAGGAUUACCAAUGCCACUUCCGGCACAUUUAUGGAUCAGUUCUGGUCCGUCACCGGGAACGGCAUCACCUUGGACUCCAAAUUCUCAUCCGGGUCUUCCACCGGGAUUAUUAGGUCCUCCUCUUCCUCCGGCUAAUUCUUCAUCGGUACCUUCUCAUCCUACGCAGUUGACUCCGCCACCCGGUUCAAGUUCCUCGUCGGAUUCGCCGUCGCCAAGUUCUUCCUCAUCGGCCGACCUCAGAUUAUCUCGGCCUAUAUUUCCCGGAGUUGGUAACAUGCAACAUCGAUUCAGUCCCUACCAUCUAGUCCCGAAACAAUUAUCUCCGACGCCCGAUAUUUCGUCAAAUACUAGAAGUUAA